AGAAAUGCAGCGGCUGCAGCGGCGGCGGCAGUAGCGGCGGCGGCGACGGCGGCGGCGGCAGCGCUCCAGCUCGUUCCUCGCUCCGGGCUCCGCCGUCGAGCUGGGCAGAGAGCCUCCGCCAGCGGCCAGGCACCCGGCCGGACGACGCCAGCGACCCGGGCCCUCGGCGGCACUGUGCUCUCCAGGGGCGGCGCAGCACCCGGAGCCGAACUCCAAGAUGGGAGGCAAGCUGAGCAAGAAGAAGAAGGGCUACAAUGUGAACGAUGAGAAGGCCAAGGACAAAGACAAGAAGGCUGAGGGCACCGGCACGGAAGAGGAGGGAACCCCGAAGGAGAACGAGACCCAGGCGGCUGCAGAGCCCGCCGAGGUGAAGGACGGCAAGGAGGAGAAGCCUGCGAAGGACGCCCAGGACGCGGCCAACAAGCCCGAAGACAAGGAGGGUGAGAAGGACGCGGCCGCGGCCAAGGAAGAGGCCCCGAAGGCGGAGCCCGAGCCCACGGAGGGCGCCGCUGAUGCCAAGCCGGAGCCCCCGCAGGCCGCCGCCCCCGAGCCAGCCACGGGCGACGCCCCCAAGGCUGCAGAGUCCGAGGCGCCCCCUGCGCCCAAGGCCGACGACGAGGGCAAGGAGGGCGGGGAACCCACAAAGACUGAGGCCCCCGCCGCUGCGGCCGCACCGGAGACGACGGGUGACGGGGCCCCGGCGUCAGACUCAAAACCCAGCAGCGCCGAGGCGGCCCCGUCCUGCAAGGAGCCCCCGGCCGCCACGGAAGCCCCCAGUUCCACGGCCAAGGCCGCGGCCCCCGCAGCCCCCGCAGACGAGGUCAAAGCCGCCGAGGCCCCGGCCGCUGAGCAAACCGUGGCCGUGAAGGAGUAGCAAGGACAGCAGUGGAAAAGAUGCGCUCACAGCCUGUCUCUCUGUCUCUCUCUGUCUCUCUCUCUCCUAUACUAACUUGUUUCAAAUUGGAAGUCAUGAUAUGUAUUGCCCAAGGAAAGAAAAAAAGGAUGUCCCAUCGAGGGAGGGAGGGAGGGGGUGGGGAGAAUCCAAAUAGUAUUUUUGUGGGGAAAUAUCUAAUAUACCUUCAGUCAACUUUACCAAUCAGUCCUGGAGUUUAGAGGUCAAUGUCUGAAAGUACAGUACAUCUUCCGUACCCGAACUGCUGUUCCAUGCACUCCGCCGCUCAGACCCGGGUGUCCUGUCUUCUGCAAGGGGAAGUCGGGAGUGAUGCGUUUGAUUCCGCCCACAGGGCCUGUGCCAAGGCAAUCAGAUCUUUAUGAGAGCAGUAUUUUCUGUGUCUUCUUUUAAUUUACAGCCUUACUUAUUUUGAUAUUUUUUUAAUGUGGAUGAAUGCCAACUUUCAGACAGCCCACUUAGCCUGUCCACAGGUAUCUCGGUACCAAUAUUCCAUUCUUCCUUCCCAGGUAUUUUUGGGAGUAACAAACAUUCUCUCGCCCUCCUUAGCCUCCCUAGAUUUCUCAUGACGAGUUAAUGCAUGUCCGUGGUUGGGUGCACCUGUAGUUCUGUUUAUUGGUCAGUGGAAAUGAAAAAAAAAAAAAAAAGUCUGCAUUCAUUGCAGUUCCAGUUUCUCUCCCAUUCUGUGUCUCAGACACCAACACACCACUCAUUGGAAAAUGGAAAAUAAAAAUAAAAAUAAAAAAAAAGUACAAUGGAUGCAUUGAAAUUAUAUGUAAUUGUAUAAAUGGUGCAACAGUAAUAAAGUUAAACAAUUAAAAAGAAGUAAA